CUACAUGCCACCUUUCGGCUUUCCACCUUCUAUUCUUUCCGAAAAUGAUACCUUGCACCUGGCCUACUACGUUAUUCUUCCUAAUAUGGUUAUGCAAUGACGUUGUAUCCAAACGGAACCACACUUUAAAGCCUAGAGUCGUGCUGCCAGAAAAUUAUGUCAAAGAAAUGCGUCCUCCGGCGCGUAAAGGUCAACCAGUAAUCGUAGAAUUCAGCAUUUACGUAGUCGACGUCAACUCUAUUAACGUUGAAGAUAUGGAUUUCAGAGUGGACAUGUUCAUCAGACAGACAUGGAGGGAAAGCAGACUUCAACUACCAGAAGACAUAUUCGAAGAAGGAGACGACCACGUCACUCUCCCACCGGAAUUCUUCGACAACUUAUGGCAUCCUGACCCUUACUUCUUAAACUCCAAAGUUACAGAAAUCGCGGAGCUAACUCACAAAUUUUCGUCUGUGACUUUAUAUCGCAACCAGACAGUGAGAUAUUCCGCCAGAAUGCACGCAAUCAUCGCUUGCCAGAUGGAAUUCCAACUCUACCCCAUGGACAUACAGUCAUGUCCUAUUUACAUUGAAAGUUUUUCGUACAGUAACCAAAAGGUUAGAUUUCGCUGGAGCGACUCUGGAGUGACAAUUAACCCGGAGCUGAAACUGCUGCAAUAUCACAUCGGCCAGCCUCUACGGUUAGAGGAAACUAAUGGAUAUAUGAUUGAUAAAGACGGUAACUACUCAAGACUAGUAGUCUACUUCAGAUUUGAGCGUCAGAUUGGUCAUCAUCUGAUCCAAACUUUUGCGCCGUCCUCCCUCGUAGUCAUGCUCUCCUGGUUCAGCUUCUGGCUGGACCUGGACGCCAUACCCGGCCGCGUCACUCUACUAGUCACCUGCAUGUUGACCCUUGUCACCAUGUUUACUGGAUUGAGAGCUGAUAUUCCACCUGUCGCUUACGUUAAGGCACUCGACUUAUGGAUGGCCGGGUGUAUGAUGUUCGUUUUCGCUGCCCUCGGAGAAUUCGUGGUAGUGAAGGUACUGGACAAGCAAUAUCAAAUGAACAAGAAUAAGGCACAGGAUUCCCUGCCGAGGAUCAUUCCUGUGCGUCUCAAUGGCGAGAAAGGCUCCUGUGGCACAGUAGCUGCGUGGGACGGAAGCGGGGUUCGAUGCCGUAAAAUGGACAUCACGUCGCCCACAUCACCGCCGGCCGCGACGCCUGCUGUCCACCCCGCCCCGUCCGUGCCUCAUACCCCACAUUUGGUCGGCGUUGAAAGAAGACAAAGCAUAUUGCAGGUUGCCUGGUUAGACGCCGACACGGGACAGGAGAGGGUCCUUUGGCGGGAGAUCGACAAACUCUCACGUGUGGUAUUCCCUGCACUCUUCCUUCUCUUCGUAACCAUGUACUGGCCCGUUCUACUACUGAAGACUAAGACAUCAUAACAAUUAGACACGCCACUACCGCCGCCUGACCAACAAAUGUUGAUUGAAAUUUAAUGCUCGAAAUCUGGAUUGCUCAGAUGAAAAAACCGCCUGUAGAUAGAAAUAAGUCUCUUUAAAGAGUGUUUAAAACACGGCAAACGGGUAGUUAGUUAACUGUAGGCAAUGUAGCGAACGUUUUAUUUAUUUCAAAUUAAUAUAAUAAUUUCUUUUAAAAAAACGACUUCAAAAGUAUGCUUAUCGGUUUUUUAUUGGAAUUACAU